GAGAAAUGCUCAUACAAUGAGACUCUGUAGUAGGCUACCUCCGCAAUUCCCGUGCCUCGGUGCGCUGCUCGGACAAAUGAUUGUCAAUGGAAUACUUGAGACAGAUCGCAAUCGGUUGGUGUGUCGGAUCCUAGGCGUUACGGGUUCCGUUGUUUGUGUAGUGUAAUUGACCAAGAUGUAACUUGAUUUCUAAUUCGAACCGGGGGAGAAUAUGUAAAAUGAAAAUCCAGUCGUGAGUCUGGAAGUUGUAUUUUCAACAGAGAAUGUGUUUGGCCUAAUUUGCUUAGUUUACUCUUGAUAGUCUUUAAAAAUGGUGGUAGAAUAAGUGUCGGCUUUUUCAUUAAACUGAGAACUUGGGCUUUGUAGUUAUCCGUAUAGCUUUUCGAAACAGCGUGUGAAACAUUUAAUUAUGAACGGAAUGGCAUUUGCCGAUGAUCUCUAAAGCUGUUACAGCAUUUAUUUUGUGCCAAAUUGUUUUACUUGUCUAGGAGGCGGUUUUGUAGGCUAGAUAUAUGACAAUAGAGUUUUUAAUCGAGAUCGUUGCGGUACAGAUCUUUUGUGUGCCCUAGCUGCGGUUUAUAAAGUAAACCUAUCUAUCGGAACUCGGGUAUGGGAGAAGCUACUCCCGCACAGCCCGCUGCGGGGGUUUUUGUCCCAAUGUUAGGUGUUGGCAUGGUAGGACCUAUCCCAGGUGGGGUCAGCGGGCCAAUUGCGACCUCGAGGGGGUCUGCUGUCCCGCAGUUGCAUAGUGCGAUAGUUGAGCGUCUACGCGCCCGGAUUGAACUGUGUAGGAGACACCACUCGACUUGUGAGAACCGCUACCAGCGCGGUCAGGCCGAGAACUCGGAUCGUGAACACGAGACUACUCUACACCUUCUGAACAUUGUGCAUCAAGGACCAGGAAUCAGAAAAACCAAGGGCAGCCGUGCCUCAAGCCAGCAACCUUUAGAGUACAACAGAAUUAAUGGAGAACAGAAAGCGCAAAGUUCUGCAGCAGGAGAACAGAAGAUCUCAACACGCAUAGCCCUCCAGGGGUCGUUAAGGAGGAAGAUUGAAGGACAUGCUCCAGGUUACCCCCCCAAGCAAAAUGACCUCUCUGGUGGACCUUCAGGCUAUAAGCGUGCACGUAUGGAGAACAGUGGGAUGGGUCAUGGACCCUGUGCUUUCAGCUCUGGCCAGUCCCAGUCUCUGCAGGGUGGUUCCAUCAUGGGCAACAGUCUGCAGCGGAAGAACUACAUGAUGCCCCAUGGCGUAAGCUCUGAUCUGUUCAACAUGACCCUUAAGGAGAUGAAGAAAGAGCCCAUUGAGGUCCAGUCAUGUGGACAAUCAUCCGCAGACCCCAGCAUGAUGGUGUUUGACUUCAAAGAUGAGGGGGGAAGUCAGAUUGAUCCUGAACUUCAGGACUUGUUUGACGAGCUCACCAAGUCUGUGCCUUCGCUUAACGACCUGGAGUUUGAGAAAAUGUUGAAACACGACGAUGCGUUCGGUUUAGACCUGGGUCGGCCCAGUUCAGCGGGGGCAGCCAACCUGUGCUCUCAGUUGGAGAAGACCAUAAAGACGGAGUUCUCCCCAGAUUACAGCCAGACUCACUGCGGUUCACCUCAGCUCCGGCCUGCUUCCGCUGGGCCCUCCUUUACCAUGGGAAGCUCCUCCCUUUCCACCUCUCCCAUCACCUCUGCACAGAAGGCAGGUAGCCAGAUCCCCUCUAGAGGCCUGCCCAGCUGGCCAGAGGUGUCUCAUGCUGAGCAGCUGAAACAGAUGGCAGCCAACCAGCAGCAGCCCAACUCCCACCUUCACCACCACCAGCAGACUCAGCCUGGAGGGGGCACCAGCUGGGCUCCAGCCAUGAGCACCCACUCCUCCAGCAGCUCCUUCCCCCAUGACAAGCUGUCCAACCAGGCAGCCUCGCUCGCCCAGCAGAGGAUCAGUCCCCAAAGCUCCAUCCUGCCCCCCAUGAGCAGCAGCCAGAACAAGGGGAUCAACAACUGCCUCUUCAAGUCUAACGGACACAAUGGUUCCAAUCACAUUGACAUGAAGGUUCUUAGCAAGCCCAUUCUGCAGUUCAGCCCCAAAUCCCCGCACCCCGUCAACCAGCAGAUCCCCAUCAUAACAGGCCCUCUGAACAAGACUAUAUCCCAGCAACAGCCAUCCACCAAAGCCCAGAACCAGACCCAUCACUACCAGAACCCCCAGGUAGCUAUGUCUGGGGUCCAGUGUCUGCAGCCCAAAGCCAUGCCCCAGAGGACCCCCCUUAAUCAGCAUGGACCAGGGCUCCACUUCAAACUAGCCCAGCAAAGACAGGGAAUUGCACUUGGACCUCGCUUACCCACCAAUGACAGUCUAGUGGGCAUGACAGCUCAGUCCCAAACACAGCAACGACCUCCAGCUCCCAUCAGCCAACACAAGCCCCCAGGCAAGACUCCAGCCAUACAGAGACAACUGACCCAGCAACAACACAUUAUCAAUGACUCGGACAAGGACAGCACACAAGACCAAUUUAACCGUCAUCUAACCAGACCACCACCAGAUUAUAAACAAACAAGAAACAUGGUUGGAGUUCAACAGUCAGGUCUGUUCACAGGAAUGAACUCUUCUCAGUCUAUGCCAGGCAGCAGUCCUGAGAGUGAUCUCCAGCCCAUGCCCUGUCAUCUGUCCAAUGGUCCAGGUGCUAAGAUGCUCCCCACACCUGACAGGAGAUUUGGGAGUGGGACUGACCCUCAUCAAGGCUCCUGUAUUGGCCAACUCCAGCAACACAAUAACCAGAGCAGAAUUGGAGUAAACCAAAACAAACCCAGAUUCCCAGUGUCUAACAAUCAGGGCAACGCAUUCGGAAUGAGUAAUAUCAAUAGCGUGCAACAUCCCAGGGCAUUAGUAGGGCAGCAGUCACAAGGCAUGCCUGGGAAGGGACUAGGAGGCAUGAUGACUAGUAACAUGGGCUGGUCCUCCAGCUCGAAGCAGGCCAGUUUGGGGCCUGGGCUGGGUGUUAGGAGGCUGCCCAAUUCUUUGCAAUCUCAGGGAGGCCAGCUGGACAUGACAGCCCACCACUAUCAACAGAGGCAUGUUGGCCCACCCAACCAGGUAGCACCAGACAUAGGCAUGCUUCCCCUGAACUCUGCCAUCAGAGGCACAGCACCCAGAGCUAGCCAGCCGAUGAUGCCCCCUCGAUCAGUCAUGGGUAACCUGAACCAAGCUUCUCCUGAACAGAGGGUACCUGCAGGCUCAUUUUCAACAACCAGCCAAAACUCUAGCGCUUACCAGAGUAACAGGGUCAACCGGCUGACCUUUGAGUUCCUCCAGGAGGGAGAUAACACCGUCCCAGGGAUAAACACCGACUCCGAUUUCAUAGACUCUUUGCUCAAGUCUGGCUCUGGGAAUGACGACUGGAUGAAAGAUAUAAACUUGGAUGAGAUUCUGGGCAGUCAUACUUGAACAAAGUUUUCUGUACACACACAAACAUUCAAACCAUGAGCCUCGUAGCUCGUAAGGGAUAUGAUUUGUAAAAGAUGUUGAAAUGUAAUUUUGUAAACAAAACAUAUGAUUUGUUAUCCAAAUACAUUGGGUAACAGUAAACCUUUAGUUGGGAUUAAUUACUAUGCAA